AUGAAUCUCCCUGAGAACUACACAAAGGUUGAUAGAUCCUGUGGAGUACAUGAAUUUACCUGUGAUAAUGGAUAUUGUAUACCUGAGCAUGACAAAUGUGAUUACGAGAACGACUGUUUCGAUGGUUCUGAUGAGAGUCUUGAACUGAACUGUGCUAAUCAAACAUGUCCCACGACUUCGUUCCGAUGUGAAACUAAUUAUCGAUGUAUACCUUCCACAUACGUCUGCGAUGGUUACGAUAAUUGUGGUGACAAUUCUGAUGAAAAACUGAGCAACUGCAAAAAAUGUAAUGAAACGAAGGAAUUCAAAUGUAAAAACAAUGUCUGCAUUCCAAAAACCUGGGUUUGUGAUUCUAAAACUGACUGUCGAGAUGGUUCCGAUGAAGACACCAGCUUUUGUAAAAACAAAUAUCGUGACUGUACUGAAUCUGAAUUUCGCUGUGACAACCAAAGAUGCAUCCUAAAGAAGUGGCGAUGUAACUUUUAUGACGAAUGUCGUGAUGGAUCUGAUGAAAAUAACUGUGCUUCUAUGAAGUGUUCUGAAGAUGAGUUCAAGUGUGAUACAGGUCACUGUAUUAAAAAAUAUCUGACCUGUGAUAGUCGGAGACAUUGCAGAUAUGCUUCAGAUGAAAGAAACUGCACACCCAAAUAUGGCGACAGAUACUGUCCAAUUGACAGAUUCCAGUGUAACAACACUGUCUGCAUUCCUAAACAAUGGAUGUGUGACAGUGACGAUGACUGCGGUGAUAAAUCAGAUGAAACACGUGAGGUAUGCCUUCAAAUUGAGUGUUCAAAAAAAGAGAGAAAAUUCCGCUGCAACAAUUUAUUAUGCAUUCCAAUAUGGCGAGUCUGCAAUGGAAGAGAUAAUUGUGGAGAUGGUUCAGAUGAAAAUACUCAUCACCUUUGCGAACCAAAGGAAGAAAUAUGUGAACAAGAUCAGUUCAAGUGUACAACUAAAGAGUGCAUCGAUUCAUUCAAAGUGUGCAACGAAAUAGCUGACUGUGCAGAUAAAUCUGACGAAAUAGGAUGCAUUAAAAAUGCUGGUGCCGUCAACUGCAGCAUUGAUAAUGGAGGGUGUCCCCACAAUUGCACGGAUCUCGAAGGAGGUGGUAUGAUAUGUUCCUGUCGAAGCGGUUUCAAAAUGAAAGAUGGAAAGACAAAAGAAUGCGUGGAUGUUAACGAGUGUGAACUUUCAAAUAACAAAUGUCCUCAGCUCUGCAACAACAUAAAGGGUUCCUACAAAUGCCUGUGCCACGAAGGGUUCCAAGAUCCUUUAUUACCCACUCCCAAAUGUAAAUACACAAAGGAAGGCAAAAUAAGCAUCUUCAUGUCUGUGGGUAGCGGCAUCCGAAGAUUUGAUCCCAUAAUCAAAGAAUACAUGAGCACCUUACUCUCCAUACAAAAAUCGCAGGGUUUAGCGGUCGACAUUGAACGGUCAACCCUUUACUGGACAGAUAUGAUCAGCAAAACAGUGAUGCGUUCUUAUAUUUCUCAAAAAUCUGAUAAUGUUGGAAUCCCACAAGACCUGAAGAUCAGUAAUCUAGACGAACCAAAUGGCAUUUCCAUUGACUGGACAUCAGGGAAUGUUUACUGGACCGACUCCAAAAAGAAAACAAUAUCUGUGGCGGCUAAAGAUGGAAGAUACAGAUACACUUUAAUCAAAACAGAACUUCGUAGACCUUAUGCUAUUGCUGUUAACUCACAGACAGGCUGGAUGUACUGGACAGAUAUAAACAGUUACAACCCAAAGAUAGAAAGGUCUUGGAUGACUGGUGAGAGAAGACAGGUUCUAGUGAACAAAGAACUGGCACGACCAAGUGGAAUUGCCAUCGAUUACUUCAUGAACAAUCGUGUGUUCUGGUCUGAUUCCAAAUUCAACAGAAUCCUGUCAAUGAAACCGGAUGGCACCGACCAAGUGGUUGUUAUUGGAAAUGCAAUUAACCCAGUGAGUAUUGACCUGUAUGAAAGUGAAAUAUACUGGGUGUCCCAAAAUGAAGGCAAACUGAUGCAAAUGGAUAAAUUUGGACGAGGUAUAAAUGUUACUCUGAGAGACCAACUCUUUUCUCCAAGCAGUGUAAUUGCAUUCCCACCAUACAAGUAUCCAAAAGUCACAAGCGAAUGUGCUUCAGAAAAGACAUGCAGCCACCUCUGCCUCCUGAUUCCAAAGGGUUAUCGGUGCGCAUGUCCUGAUGGCUCCAAGUUUAUUGAAGGGUCCACUACAAUGUGUGAUGCAGCAUUUGAAGUGCCCCGGAAAUUGCCCAUGUGUAUUUGUUACCAUGGUGGUUCUUGUAUUCGAGGAAGCAAUGGAACUUACAUCUGCCACUGCAAGGAAGGCUAUUAUGGUGUGGAUUGUUCGCUUAUGACUUCCAGGGCCUCUUGAGUGCCCUCAGGUCUACCAAGGUCACAGCAAUUACAGUUCCUAUUGUUCUACUGCUGAUCAUGGGAAGCUUGACUCUAGCUGGUUAUUACCUCAUUAAAAAACGCAGGAUAUUUUCCAUGGGUUUGUUCUCUAGGGGUCAAGAUGAGCCCCAUGAUCCUUCA